GUGCGAUGGAGCCCGUGGCUCGGAGGGGACGAAGGGCAGGGGGCAGCUGAGCCGCGCAUCCCAGCAAUGCGCCCGAGAUGCCUCGCGGAGCUGCGGGUGCUGCCGGUGACAGGUGGAGCCCGCAGAGGAAGCAGCCAGCAGCAUCGAAGGAAGGAUGUUCGGGCACAUGCAGCUGCCGGGAGAUGAGGUUACAACUGCACAGCUAAACAAAGAUCCCCGCGAGAAGGAAACGGAUCCCUCCUGCCGCCUGGAAGAAGCCACUGCCCUGCUGUGUAUGAAGCUUGUCUGACGUCAUGUCCAGAAGGAAAGUCAACUAACCCAGGAGUUUGGAUGUGCAUAGAAAUUCAAUGGAGGUAGAGUCCAGCACAUACACUGACUUUAUUUCCUGCGAUCGGGCUGGCCGGAGGAACGCUGUCCACGACAUCCAGCGAGAUGCAACCACCAUCAGCAUGCGCAAGCUGACCGAGGACAUCAGUGACCUCACCGUCGAAGGGGCAGACAGCGAAGCACCUAGCACCUCUUCUGAGAGCGACCCUGAAGCACGACCAAAGGAGCAAGAAAACAAACCCUCUCCAUGACAGCGUGCAGGGGGUGGGAUGGGGCGGCAGGAGGGACUUGCUGUGAAUGUUAAACGAGAAUUUGCUAUUGAAUUUGUGGACAAAAGCCAACCUGGACCAGGCAGUUGUCUGUCACACACCUCUGCAGCCGCCGUUUUGUUUAGAGCGCCGCAAGAUGCUGCACAAGGACUGGCACCUCCAAAAGACUUCUGCUCCCAUCCCUAACGAUUUAGAGCAACACUGCAGUGUUUGUAGUGAUAUGAGCCAUUCUCAAGAUGCCUUAGCUGCAAUUUUCCCCUAUGGGAAAAGGCAAUUUCAGUAAUAAUAUACACACCAGACUUUCCCGUCCAAGGUACCUUCCCACCAUUGCAAAUUUAGCCUAUUAUUUAUUCUGUUUCCAUAGAUUAGAAGUUUAGACAAUUGUUUUUUCCACUCACUGCCCUCAUCCCACAUUUCACAACUGAGCUGGCCUCCAGACCGCCCAUGGGGCCGCUCUGCAGGGCAGGCAGCGGGGGGGACCCCGUCGGUCCCAUGCAUCCAUGGCCAGCCCCGUGCAGCCCCGCUGCUGCUGCUCAGCACCAGGAAAGGACCAAAGCACAGCCCCGUGUGGACAAGCUCCACCGACAGGCGCAGCAGCAUCAGCCACAGGCAUCUUUUCUUUGGGUUUUAGCAUUUUAAGGUAUUGUUAAGGGGAGGGGAGAAACAUUUUGCUGUUUUGACUGUUGAAAUUCAGGCUUAACUUUGCAAGCUGUUAGCUGAGAUUAUCUCCGGUAGGAUCUCACACCAUUCUCUCUUUUAGGAGACAUGUUUUGUGUUAAAGAUGGUUUGAUAAAACUAUAUAAGCUGUUGGAAUAAAUAACACAGCCUUCAAGUACCGAAGGUGUUCUGCCUGGAUGGUUGUUCUUCCUCUGUUUCACCUUGUAACAGGUUGGGCUGCAAGGAGGUUACAUCAGCCUCCAACAGGGAGAUAGGGAACUGUAUGACAUGAGAGUCCCUUCUGUUUGGGGCUGUGAAACCUCCCCAAACAUUUGCAGCUCCCAGUUAGAAGCACAUUUAAAUUUGGGGAUGGAGAAUGCCAAAAAUCUGCCCCAACUUGCCCAGGUUUGCUGCAAGGCUGCGCUUUUCCAGGUUUGGUGGAAGUCAAGCAGGGUAAAGCUGGCUUAGGACUUGGCAGAGCAGCCGAGACACCAGGAGAGGAGAUGCUGGUGGGAAGAGGUGUCCUCAGCACAGCACCGAGCUACAAGGACAUCCAUCACUCUCGUUUCACUCACUCAGGACAGAUGACCCCAGCAGAGCUCUGGGAGAUGGCCCCAGCCCCACAGGCAUCAGUCCUGCAAUGGACAGGGCAAGGCAGAGGCGGCCUGAGAAAGCCUCCAGCAAUGACACGGGAACAAGCACCUCCUUGACAGCUUCGGGAAGAACUGAACGUUACAACUUUGAGAUUUAUCAGAGCAAACAAGGCCAUAAAUAAGCAGAGAAGUUGCUGCCAGACAGCGGGUGAAUUAUCUGCGGGUCUCCAAGAAGCGAUGGCCGUGGGACCAGGACAGAGAUGGAUGUUGCUCCAGCCUGCCCAGGAAACAAGGAGUUGGCAGCCAGGUAGAGGCUGCAUCUGCUUCCUUGGCAGCCCUACACGAGCUGUCCCCGAGCUGCCUGAAUACUAUUGCAGCUCUGUUCCCAGAAGGCGGCCAAGAGCCUGCUCCUUUUUCCCCUUGCUUGGGGGCAAACCAGCAGGUAGCUCCUGGGCUUGGCUGACACGCAGUUCAGUGUUUAGGCCCUAUUUCCAGCUCUUGCCUCCACCAAGCAGUAUUUUUGGCUCCGACACACAUACGAAGCAAGCCGAAAGGCAGUGCAGAGGGACUGUGCACCACGCAUGACCUCCAGCAGUUGAGAGAGGGCUAAUCCUGGGUCUCCCUGGUCAGAAGAUAGCUGCUGCAGUUAUAUUUAGGCAGAUCACUAGUGAUCCGCUGGCCAGCCACCCUUGGAGCACAGGCAUCAGGUUCCCCCCACGAGUAAAAGAGCCGGGUCAGCUGCCAUCGCUGCAGGACCAAGGGCACUGGGUGAGUCCAGCGACGUCCUGACUCGCAGAGCUGCUGGGUGCACAGAUGCUCUGAGCCCCUGAUUUCGGCUGGAAAUCCAGGCAUGCGGGACCUCCGCCAGCUCCACCCGAGCGCUAAGCGAUGGGAACAUUGAUCAGAAAGCACCCAAAGCACCCUGCUGCCUGAGCUGAUACCACAGCCCAGCAGCCUCAUGGCCCAGACCGUACCGCUUCUGGCCCUCAGCAUCAACAACGUGUGCAAAACUCAGGAAGUGGGGAAAAAUAUCAACGGUUUGUGAUACAUGAUAGAAAAAGCGAUAAGGAUUCUGCUUCUAGGGGUAAGAUAUGCAUUUCUGUGGUUACUGAAAAGACACGAGGUUGGAACAACUUGCAUCAAUAAAUCCAGCUUGCAAGUCUAACAAGGGAGCACGAGUACCUUCCCUCUUCUGUGCCCUACAUUAAAACUUUCAAAGCUACCUGCUAGCAGCAGGAGGCAGGAAUUGGGCUGCCACACCAACCGAUUGACCCCUCUGCCUCCAGCAGGGGUACAAUGGCUCACACUGCAGCCCGCGGAACACGGCUCCUACUGGUGUCCCUUGAGCAGAAAGGCAAGAGGAUUUCUGUUUUAAUAUAAAUUUGUUAUUUUAUUAAAUGGGAUUAACAAUCAACUGUCCAGAAUCCAAACAAGCAGCUUCUUCAGAAACAAAUUUUGGAGAAAAAUUAACGCAAAAAAGCCUGGCUCCAACAGCAGCCAUAUUCUUAAAAGUGAUGAUUUAUCGUUUGCUUUAAAAAAAAAAAAAAAAAAAAAAAA